GAACCACCGUCCACCGGAGCUCAACUGAGACACCAAAGCCCCUCCUCUCCUCUGAUUCUGAACUGCUCCACCUCCCCAAUCUUCAUCAUGUCGACGGCGGCUGCAUCCCGGCCCAGCGGCCCCAUCCUUUUGAGUCCCUUUCCCAACUACCAAUCCGCCUCGCUCUCCCGUGUCAAGCUCUCCGUCGCCGGCUCGCCGGUCAAGUCCUUCAGCGUCUCGUCUCCCCCCUCCUCCCCCACCGCCGCCGCCAAGAUCCGUCGGUCCUGCCUGUGCUCGCCGACGAACCACCCCGGCUCGUUCCGGUGCAGCCUUCACAAGGAGCGCAAGCAGGAGGCCCCCGCGGUCAACCACCCUGUCUCUCCGCCUUCGAAUUCGAAGCGCACGGCGAGCCCGUUCGCGCAGCUCGUCCCUAGCGGCAGUGGCAGUGGCUGCUCUAAACGCUCGUACAACGGGCUGGCGCAGCGCGUCCCCAUGGGGAGCGGGCACUGGGCACGCAAGGCGCUCGUGCCGUCCCAGGCGGUGCAGCAGCUGCAGCACCGGAAGCGAGUGGUGGAGCGGUUCCACGCCGGGCCCAGCCGGCUCUCCGCCGCCUCCAUGGCCGGCCGCAGCAACCAGUAAAUAAACAACAUCGUCGACAUGCCAUAGCAGCAAGAUGCGUACAUACUGCACAAAGUGUAUAUAGGAAAGAAGUUCCCCGAAUAAUUCCGAUCACUGUAUAGAAGGAAGAUCGGUGGGGAUCAGGCCGCCGGGAAAGUUGGAGUUUUAAGACCCAAUUCAACUCCGGGCUGGUCAAUUAGCUAGCCAGUAGAUACUGUACAUAGAGUGAGCCUCUUCUUCCUCUCCGCUCCGCUGCACAUAGAGUGAGUUCGUCGUCUCUGCUCCACUUGUACAUAGAGUGAGCUCUCGUCCUCUCUGCCCGCUCUGUAUAGCCCUUGAUUUUGGUUCUGGAUAUACAUCAAUACAGGAGUCACAAAUUGCAGACAAAUA